CGUGCUGCUCCCGCAGGGAGGAGAAACGCCCCGCAGCUGGGGUGAGGCUCCUGGGGCGCGGCCGGGGCUGGGGCGCUGCGGCGAGAGGCCCGGCCCCCUGGCCCCGGCAAUCUAAAUUCUCCCGCCCUCGGGUGGGCUGCGCACUCUUACCUGCCGGUCCGCGGCGCCUGGCCCGCUGCUCUGCGCUCCCCAGGCGUCCUGUCCUCGGCCGUAGGCGGAAGAUGCUGUUGCUUGAUUGCAACCCAGAGGUGGAUAGUCUGAAGCAUCUGCUGGAGGCCGGGGCCUCGGUCAACGCACCCCCGGAUCCCUGCGAGCAGUCGCCUGUCCAUUUGGCCGCAGGUGGGGGCCUGGCUGGCUUGCUUCUGUGGCAGCUGCAAACGGGCGCUGACCUCAACCAGCAGGAUGUCUUUGGAGAGGCUCCGCUACACAAGGCAGCAAAAGUUGGAAGUCUGGAAUGCCUUAGCCUGCUUGUAGCCAGGGAUGCCAAAAUUGAUUUAUGUAAUAAGAAUGGACAAACAGCUGAAGAUAUUGCUUGGGCCUAUGGAUUUCUAGAAUGUGCCAAGUUUCUUACAACAAUUAAAUGUAUGCAGACAGUAAAAUCAAGUGACCGAUCCAAUAGAGAUGAUUGUGUUCCAGUGCUCAGACAGAAACGAAGCUUCGGAAGUGUAGAAAAUACGACUGGAAAAAGGAAGUGUUGAUUCACGUUGGUUCUGAAAAGGUUUGAAGAAGGCCUUCACUCCGUGCAGAUCUACUGCUCAGCUACAAGCUAUGGCUUUUGGCUCACCAGCCACACCCCUUCGCAGGCUUGGAUCCUGUUGGAACUGGCGUAGUUCUGGGAACGUGGCCUGCGGUCCUUUCACCGGCUCUAAGGGAUCCCUCUAAUGGAUCAGCCUGAGCCCAAGAUGUCCCAAGCAUCUUACCGAUCAUGACUGGAGUUCCUUCAGUCCGGAAGUGAUGAGCCAGCUCCCGUCCUCGAGAGGCCAUUUCACAACCUUGGCUAGAAAGAAACCAUCUUCCAUCAGAUGAAUGAUUUCUCAUACUAAGGUCCAUUACGGAAUUUGGGAGCCAGUGUUUUCUACUGUUUUGUUUUCUUUUUUGGUUAUUGAAAAAAAACAUGGUAAAUUUAAAUAACAUUAAGUGGUAGGUAACUGACUUGAGAGCAACCAAAAGCACCAUAACCUUUCAAAGUAUUUAAGGCCACUUAAGACCUUGCUUCUUUGCUUCUGGAAUUGCAUAACGAAAGAUUUUUUUUUUUUUUUAAGAUUUUAUUUAUUUAUUUGACAGAGAGAGAUCACAAGUAGGCAGAGAGGCAGGCAGAGAGAGAGAGAAAGGGAAGCAGACUCCCUGCUGAGCAGAGAGCCCGAUGCGGGACUUGAUCCCAGGACCCUGAGAUCAUGACCUGAGCCGAAGGCAGAGGCUUAAUCCACUGAGCCACCCAGGUGCCCCUAACGAAGGAUUUUUAAGGGAAGAGUGAAAGUGGUCACCUUGAUGACCACAGGGCUCUUAUGGGUGGAUUUAAUGUCAGAAGAAUGAGUUUUAAGUCCUGGGUUCUUGUCUUUUUACCAUCAGACUCAGUCUCCCUCCUCAUCUUUAGCCUGGCACCUAUCACCCCUGCCCUAUCUACGUGACAGGAGAUCUGGACUAAAACAGACAAGAGCUGUGAAGCCAUAGUGAAAACUACAAAAUGUUUUCAAGUAUGACAUAUUAUUUUAGGGAAUAUUUUAAUGUCCUAUACAAUUUGUACUUUGGAGAAGAGAGAAAGCUGGCCAGAUGAAGGGAGAUCCUUUUUUGGAUUGGAGGUCCCAACUGGUGGCUAAUUCUAAGCUCUUGCUUAGUAAGAAACGUGUAAGGUUUUGAUGUGCCAAAACGUUCCCUUUGCAAUCAUCAUGUGCUUCACUAUUUAACCGAUCAUUUAUCUGUUAGCUCCGGUUUUCACAGGCGGUCUAAACUGCAGCUGUGAAAUCAGACAUUCUGGAACAUAAGCACAUGGACAAAAGAGGGUAAUGUAUCUAUUGAGGUCACUGUAAUACAACAUGUAUUUAAAUUGAGGUCACUGUAAUACAAAAUGUAUUUAAAACACAAGUUCACUGAUAAGGAAUAACUUCUUAUUUAAUUAAUAUUAGCUCAUAUUUUACUUUUAUUUUUUUAAAGAUUGAUUUAUUUAUUAUUACUUUUUUGAGAUUUAUGUAUUUAAAGAGACAGAGAGAGUGAGUAAGAGAAUUUCCCAGGGUGGAGCCUGACCCAGCACUUGAUCCCAGGGCCCUGCAAUCAUGACCUGAUAUUUACUCAUAUUUUCAAGCUAGAAUUAUGGCUAAACUGUAUUGGGAAAAAACGAAUAUAUUAUUUGGACACAUUAUUAGUUUACUGACCUUUUAAGAAGAAAAAGGGCAGGAGGUACACAAAAAGGGCCAUCAAAGAUCAACAUCUGAAUCUCUCCCUUCAAGAUAUUUUAAAGAGUUGAAGAUAAAGAAAAAAGUUGAUUUUCUGUAACUCUAGUCAUAGCUGACAUAUUUCCAAGUGUUCCUUUUCUCAGCUAAAUUAACACCAUGCAAGUAUACAUAUUGCCAAGUUUACUCAUCCACUCAAAGUCUUCAAUAGCCAAAAAAUGUAGCGUUUAAAAAAAGAUUUGUAAAGCAGUGAGGCAAUGUGGAGGAGAGAGUAAAAAUAAAAACAGUGUGGAGGAAGAGGAAGGAGAAUCCAUAAUUUUCCCCUUUUCUAAUAAAAUGACAAACUUGCUUUAAAACGAUGUCACUAAUUUCUUAAGGUGUCCUCACCUGACAAACAGUAUUUUUGAAGUUACACCAAUCAGUUGGUUCAGUACGAGCUGUACCUCGAUCGAUCCAAUCCACUGCCGUGAUCCAACAAACGUUGCUGGUUUGUCCCCGGCAUCAACUAGAGCCUUUGUGUAUUUAAAAACACAAAAAAACCCAUACACAAGACAGCUAUUAAACAACUACAUUUAGGACCUGUUCCCUGAUUACCAGUAUGGUUUUUUUCCCCCUUCAAAACAGAAAUAAGUCUGUACCAUGAGGUAAUAAUCAUUAUUACUGGUAUAUUAAGGGCUAAUGAAAUGUACAGUUGAUUAGAAGCGUACCUGCUGAAUCUCCCUGUGUGUCGGAAUGGAUCUCUCUGUGUAGCCCUGGUGCCUGAACCAAGAGCAGAUUGUCUGCAGAGAUCGGUAAGAAGAGGCACGGACAAACAGAAUCCUCAUCCAACAAUUAGCGUAUUUUCUUCUCAAGCACAGACAGAACAUUUUUAAUGACAACAUUGUGGUGUGCCUGAAACGCAACUCCUACAAGUAUCCUGGUGAGAGAGCGGAGAGGGACGCUGGCGCAGUGGAGAGAAGGAAACAGCAUGAGCACAGAGGCCGAUGGGAGCGAUGUGGCCAAGGAGCGCUGGCAGCCACCACAGCUGGAAGAGGCACGGGAGGGAUUCUCCCCAAAGCCCUUGGAGGGCGCCGGGCCCCACUGACACUUGAUUUCAGCCUCAUGAUAGGGAUUUCAGACUUGUGGCCUCCACAGCUGAGAGAAUACAUUUUUGUAGUUUCUUUUUUAAAAAAUUUUAUUUAUUUGACAGACAGAGAGAGAAAGAGAAACAGGCUCCCCACUGACCAGAGAGCCCAAUGCAGGGCUCGAUCCCAGGACCCUAGAAUCAUGACCUGAGCCAAAGGCAGAGGCUUCAACUCACUGAGCCACCCAGGUGCCCCAUUUUUGUAGUUUCAAGCUACCAAAUUUGUGGCUUUUGUAGCAUCCUCAGGAAAUGAAUGUGUCUCAGUAAAUUUCAGAAUCUUUAUUACAUAAAAAUUGUUUCUGAUCAGUAUGCAAAGGAGUCAGAAAUCAGUAAAAAAAUAUAUAUAUACGUACCUACAUAUAUAAAUAAAUUCUAAUAUAUUUGGAUGUUAAAAAAAACUCUGAAAUAACACAUGGAUUAAAGAUGAAUCAGGGGCGCCUGGGUGGCUCAGUGGGUUAAGCCUCUGCCUUUGGCUCAGGUCAUGAUGGUCAUGACCUCAGGGUCCUGGGAUCGAGUCCCACAUCAGGCUCUCUGCUUGGCGGGAAGCCUGCUUCCUCCUCUCUCUCUCUGCCUACUUGUGAUCUCUGUCUGUCAAAUAAAUAAAUAAAAUCUUUGGGGGAAAAAAAAAAAAAAAAGCUUCUGCCUUCGGCUCAGGUCAUGAUCCCAAGGUCCUGGGAUCGAGCCCCACUUCGGGCUCUCUGCUUGGCAGGAAGCCUGCUUCCUCCUCUCUCUCUGCCUGCCUCUCUGCCUACUUGUGACCUCUGGCUGUCAAAUAAAUAAAUAAAAUCUUAAAAAAAAAAAGAUGAAUCAUAAUAGAGGUGUAAAAACAUCUAGAACUGAAUAAAACAAAUACUUGAAAUUAAAA